AUGGCUGAAGACGCUGAUUCUGAUGGCAAAGGCAGCUUAUGCAGCGCUUGUCGAAACCCAGGAGCACGUCGGUGUGCGGGUUGCUGUGGGGCGCCGGCCUACGAUGACGGACCCGCGAUGCGCACGUUCUAUUGCGGUCGCGCCUGCCAGCGAUCCGACUGGAAUCGGCACAGAACAGAGUGCAAAAUCAUGCAAGCUCGUAAGUCACUUGCGCGCGCCGCAGCCUUUCUCGAAGCGCUUUUGGUAUGUAUCCGUAAAGCUGCGUACCCAUUCGCUAUCACGUCAAUCGAGCGAGAGGCAAGCACGAUCAUGCUAGUUAGCUCGAACGAUGACCAACUGCAUGAGUCAAAAUUGACACCUCUACCAACGGACCUUGCGAGCUUGCAAGACCAUCCGGAGCUUGUGAAACCUAUCUGCUUACACGCAAGCGGUGUGGAAGCAAUGAUAUACUUUUGCAAUGUCAUCAAAGACAUGCUUCCCGGUAAGCCGAGACCUGCGAUGCAUCUGUGCAUCGUUCUGACAGAACCAGACACUUGUAUCGCGGAAGUCGAACUCAUACCAGCAAACUUGAAUAUCCAGGUUUCUCGCGGUCUAGGUACGGCUUGCGACGAAAGCAAUGUGCACUUGGUUUACAAAGUCACACUCGGGUCCAGAGAGCUGUGGGCAAUGGAUGUGGCCGGCGCCCAGCACGGGCACUCUGAUUCGCUAAUGCCUUGGUCAUCCUUUGUCAAGGGACGUUGCAUAGCAAUCAACGGGGAGUGGAGCUUGGGCUUCUGUCGCAACCGACCCGCCCGGGAAUCGCUGCCCUGGCUGUCGCCCGCUGUGUCGACGCAAGUAUUGGCCCUAGCUGAUGCGCUCGACCAAGAAAUACCACAGCUAGUGACGGGACGUUGUGGAAGCCUGCGAGCCUUGCUCGAAGGACAAGGCACCACUUACCAUCCACAGCUCAGCGGUUUCUAG